AGUAAAGACGUCUGCUCUCGCUUGCAACGACACUGCUGUUGAGAUUCACCUGAAUAGAAAUUCAGUUUGCAUCCAGCAUAGCACUGUUGGCUUGGUGUGACGGCUUGGUGAAAUGUUAGGAUGUAAGAUGUUUUGUUUCCCUCUGUUUGGUUCCAAAGGUUGCCAGUGUAAAAGCUUUGGGCACUUUCUUUUAUAGCUAAUUUGGUUUCUCUCUGCACAAAAUGUUGCAAUAAUAGCAACCUCUGUUCCCUUCCAGCCACAGUCUGGUGGAAAUGUGAGAAAUGUUUCAAAACAUUAGCACUUCUCAGUCGUUUCCAGCUGGACUGUUACAUAAAGUGUAUGGAAAUUAACAGUGUAACACUACAUAGGCCAUCCUACUACUAAGUCUCAGUGUUACCACAUGGAGAAAGUGAAAGUUCGCACAAACUCAGUAUUGAUGACCAGUGCAAACAACCUGCCUGAGUAACUUUACCAGAGUGGCUUGAACUUUGCUCGCUACAUUAUCCAGUCAUCAGGGUUAGGUAGGCCAACUGGAUGAAUACUUAAAAACAUUCCCAAGCGUCGAAAUCACUUGUGUGCACUAGUUCAGCCAGCUGAGAGGAGUGGUAGGUGGGUGCAGUGGUGGCAGUAUCAGGCAGUGAAGCAGAACAUCCGAGAUGGCUGGAAGGAGACGAGGCCGAGGCAGCAACAUGCAGCAACAACAUGCCGCACAGAACCAGAGAGGCCCUCGCAGGGCUCUGAGGGAGCCAGCUGCUUUUGCCAGGUCUACAGGUUGUGAAUCAGAGAUCCCCCAUGAAAAGCUGACCAUUGCCCAAGCACGGAGAGGCACACCAGCUCAUCGUCCAGUGCGAGUCUAUGCUGAUGGGAUCUUUGAUCUCUUCCAUUCGGGACAUGCUAGAGCUCUGAUGCAGGCCAAAAAUCUGUUCCCCAACACUUAUCUGAUAGUAGGAGUUUGCAGUGAUGAACUCACCCACAAGUUAAAGGGUUUCACAGUGAUGACAGAAGACGAACGCUACGAAGCCCUGAGGCACUGUCGUUAUGUCGAUGAGGUGGUGCGAGACGCUCCCUGGACCCUUACUACAGAGUUCCUCAAGAAACAUAAGAUUGACUUUGUGGCCCAUGAUGAUAUCCCUUACACCUCUGCUGGUUCAGAGGACGUCUAUAAGCACAUCAAGGAAGCAGGAAUGUUUGUGGCCACUCAGAGGACAGAGGGCAUCUCCACAUCUGAUCUAAUCACUCGUAUCGUCCGAGACUACGACAUCUAUGUCCGUCGCAACUUGCAAAGAGGCUACACAGCCCAAGAACUAAAUGUUGGAUUCAUUAAGGAGAAGAAAUACCGGCUCCAGAACCAGGUGGACAAGAUGAAAGAGACAGUCCGUAAUGUGGAGGAAAAAUCCAAACAUUUUGUCUACAGAGUGGAAGAAAAGAGCCAAGACCUUAUCCUUAAGUGGGAAGAGAAGUCACGAGAAUUCAUUAGCAGCUUCCUGGAGCUUUUUGGACCAGAUGGAGCCUGGCAUGUGAUUCAGGAGCGGAGUGGUCGUAUGCUCCAGGCCCUCUCCCCCUACUCGUCACCCCGUGGCUCCCCCAGCAGCAGUCCCACCAGAAGACGUUCCAUUUCUCCUGACUCCUCCCCUGCCUCUGCCUCCCCCUCCUCUCUCUCCCCUCCUUCCUCUCCAUCCUCACCCUCCUCAACUAAAAAAGGGGCCCGCUCAUCUCUCAAGGCUGCUUCCUCUUACAGUAGACAUGUACAAUGAGUUG